CCUUCACGUUAAUCUGUACAAAAUGGCGACUGUUGUUGUUUUGCUGCAGGGUCAGUGAAUAAAACCGAUUUUUCAUUUCAAUAAUUCUCUGAACACUACGGCGGAAACAGCAAUAAAACCCCCCGCUGUCCCGAGGCUCGGCUCCGUGUGGACUGAAAUGAAAGGUAAAGAGCGGUCGCCGAUCAAAAAACGCUCCCGGGCCUUGGACGAUAUACGAGACAGGGGAGGAUGCCACCCGACCAGCAAGAAAAUGGGGGCUCUCUCCGUUUCCAGUGGGAGUAAUAAUGGAAACAGCUCGGCCAAAAGCGACGGCGGCUCGACGAGAAGGAGUUUACUCGGCGAAAAAAGAGACCGGGACUUUGACGGUCACAGUCGGACUGCGAAUAACCACAGUUGUCAGUCCGCUGCCGCCAGCACCAUCGGCAAAAACCACAACCUAAGCCUGACGCUGGACUUGGCCUCGCCGAGGACCACGUCCCGGGGGGAGCAGCGGGUGCAGCCGCCCGGCACCGAGAGUGAGUACAAAGCCCUCAAGAUAAGCGACCUCGGCACCCAGCUGAGCGACGAGGACAUCGAGGACGGACUCUUCCACGAGUUUAAAAAAUUCGGCGACGUGAGCGUUAAGAUCAGCCGCAGCAACGACGAGCGGAUAGCCUUCGUGAACUUCAGGAAGCCGGAGGACGCCCGCGCCGCCAAGCACGCGAGGGGCCGCUUGGUGCUCUACGACCGGCCGUUAAAAAUCGAGGCGGUGUACAUCAACCGCAGGAGGAGCCGCUCCCCGGUGGAGCGGGAGCUGUACGCCGCGGCUCAGGCCCACAGACACUUGCAGAGACCCCUCUCGCCCACCGGGCUCGGAUACAGAGACUACCGGCUGCAGCAGCUGGCCUUGGGACGGCUCCCGCCUCCUCCGCCGCCGCCGUUGCCCCGAGAGCUGGAGCGGGAGCGGGAGUUCGCCCUGUUCGAGGCCCGCGCGCGCCCGGCUUUCAUCGCGGAGCGAGCGGCGUUCCGCGAGGAGGAUUUCAUAUCGCCGGAAGAUGACCAGAGAGCCAACAGGACGUUGUUUUUGGGCAACCUGGACAUAACGGUCACGGAGGCCGACCUGAGGAGAGCCUUUGACCGGUUUGGGGUCAUCACGGAGGUGGACAUCAAAAGGCCCACGCGAGGACAAACCAGCACGUAUGGAUUUCUGAAAUUUGAGAAUCUUGACAUGGCCCACCGGGCUAAACUUAGUAUGUCGGGCAAAAUAGUAGGCCACAACCCCAUAAAGAUCGGUUAUGGGAAAGCUACUCCCACCACACGCCUGUGGGUGGGGGGCCUUGGACCCUGGGUACCUGUAGCUGCCCUAGCAAGAGAGUUUGACCGCUUUGGCACCAUAAGGACCAUUGACUACAGAAAGGGGGACACUUGGGCCUACAUUCAGUACGAGAGUUUGGAUGCCGCACAGGCGGCGUGCACACACAUGAGGGGCUUUCCGCUGGGAGGUCCAGAGAGAAGACUUAGAGUGGACUUUGCAGACACUGAGCAUCGUUACCAGCAGCAGUUCCUGCAGCCUCUCCCGAUCCCACCGUUUGACAUGGUGGCCGAAUCGUUUGUCCACCGCGCAACACCUGAACCGCUGAGGGUCAGGGAACGGACUCCACCGCCACUUCACUUCAGGGAAAGAGAGCUCUUUCCUGGAGCUGAGUGGCCCAAUCCAGCUAUUCGCGAUCGGGUACGUGCGUCACCUUUUGAGCCUCUGGAGCACUUGGAACGUGAGCGGCGGGCGCGGGAGCCUUGGUCUUUGGAACGAGAGCUGCAGGGACGAGAACCUGCACGCAAGCGGCGCAUAAUGGAGGACGGACGCCACUUAGACCACUCCCCCGACAGCACGGAGAGGACUGUGAGGCGUAGGCGUGCUUCUCCAGAUGGCAGUCCCGGAGGCAGCAGCAGGGAUGGAGGGCGCUUCAGCGACUCGGAGCGCCCUCUGCGGGCCGAGAGACCCUCUCCAGCACAAGAACGUCACAGCAGCCUGGAAAGAGGUGUGGCUGAACGGAGACUCAAAAGCCAGAUACUCUCCGACAAGGGAGCGCCGAGCAGCACCGUGUCAGCGGUUGGAGAGCGCAAGCGCAAAGCCGGCGACGUCGGCAAGGGGCCGGCCAAAAGAGAACGUUCCGAGAUCAAUUCCAAGGGAGGCCAGACGUCCAAAGCCGACGGCACAAAACUCUGCUUGGCCUGGCACGGUAUGCUUCUGCUCAAGAACAGCAAUUUCCCAGCCAACAUGCACCUGCUGGAGGGGGAUCACAACGUAGCCAGCGACCUGCUCAUCGAGGGCACGUCCGGGCGGCAGGUGAGCGAGCUGAAGAUCACCCAACGUCUCCGUCUGGACCAGCCCAAGCUCGACGAGGUGUCCCGGCGCAUCAAGGUGGCGGGUCCCGGCGGCUACGCCAUCCUGCUGGCAGUCCCUGGGGCCACGGAGGACUCGUCUACGUCCGACCCCGCAGCCUCCACUCAGCGCCCGCUCCGUAACCUGGUGUCCUACCUCAACCAAAAACAAGCCGCGGGAGUCAUCAGCCUGCCCGUGGGAGGGAGCAGAGAUAAGGACAACACGGGGGUGCUUCAUGCUUUCCCCCCCUGUGAUUUCUCCCAGCAGUUCCUGGAUUCCUCUGCCAAAGCUCUGGCUAAAAGUGAAGAGGACUAUUUGGUCAUGAUUGUGGUGCGUGGAGCAUCUUAAAAAAAAAAAAAAAAAGGAAAAGGAAAAAAAAGGAACACACAGAAGUUCAAGUGGUGUAAAAAAAAAAAAAAGAAAAGAAAAAAAAAAGCAUCUGCUGUAUGUCAGUAACUAUUGCAUGCUGUGUGUUCUGCAUUAUGGCGUACACUAGUAUGGUCCUUGAGUGUUUCUAUGUUACCAUGUAAUCCACUGAAAUAACAAACCCUGCCCUCAUACUAAACUAAAAGGAUGUGUGUAUUUGAACUUAUUUUUGAAAGGGUGAAUUGAAUUAAUUGCUCAGAGUCAUAAACCUGCAGUAAUUCAGUCAAAACGUAUUAAUACAGUAAAAUAUGAGGAGCAUUUGUUGAAUAAGUUUAACGUACGACGAAAUGAGGCGUAUAGAAAACAUUUUUGGGUUGAUUGGACGUUAUAAAAACUGAGCUAUCCAACUCCACUACAAAAAAACCUAAAUAAUUUAGAUUUGCACUGAGUAGACACAAUAUCACCCACUACAAUAACACCACAAACAAUGGCUUCACAAGCUGGGACACACCUCCCUCACUCCGUGUCAAAGGUCACGUUUUUUCCAGGCUAUUGUACUGCAUUGCCUUAGAUGGGACGGGUGUUCUUGUGUGUAACCCCAGUAUAGGCAUUUACAUGAGGAGAACUUCAGAAACAUUUCAAUUACAGUGUAUUAAUAUUUCUACCACUGAGCAUGACACUUUUUAAUCAACGGUUCUCAGUGGCGGUGGAGCGAAUGUUUUGGUACAAAGCCAGUCACGAGGGAAAAAAACUCCAGCAACAUUUUGAAGGUCAAAGCGCGUCGCAAAACUUUUCUCGUGCACAACAUUCAGCAGCUCGGUGAAGGGCGUGUUUUGUGCUGCAAGAGUUGUGCGCCGUGUUUCAACUUUGAAAGUUGUAAAACAUUUUGGUCACCAGUCAAAGUAUCUCUGGUACAUAGACUGGUACGUUUCAGUCCCUAAUGCUGUGAAUUCUGUUAAGAAAGAAACACAAAUUACGUUCAGGUUAAAGGUUUGGUUUUGAGGAAAUCUUUCAGUGUUUCUCAGUAUUGGAUCAUCAAAUUGCACGACAGACAACGAACUAUGUGUGUGUCCACUCAGCAUUCCACAAAGAACGGACUUUGUGGAAUGCUGAAUACUUGCAGAUGUGAUAUUUUUGCGCAGGGAACAGCCCAUAACACUCACAGCCUAGUAAAGCAAAUACUAACAUGUUGUUCAUAUUUUUUACUUAAUAUUUUAUUUUGUGCAUCCCUACCUUUUAGAAAUGGUUGUGUAAUGUGAUCUAUGAAAAACUACAGUAGUAAUGGAUAAAAAAAAAGCUUAGAGUUUUGUGUUGUUUCAUUUAUUGCUCUGAAAUCAGUAGGUCCUCAAAUACUAUUAAUAGUCAGUAUCAUUAAUAUGUUGGUUCAAAGUGAAAACCUGCUCUUUGUUCAGUAAGUAGGUCUGAGGAAUUUUAAAGUUUUAGAAACACUUUAAAGGUUCAUGUUGGAAUUAUUUUAGAGGUUUUAAUUGCCAGCAUGCUCUCAUCUCUCAAGGCCUACUUAUCCAAUUCUGUUUCGCCAUUGUGCGUUUGUCAUGCAAUAGAAAAUCGCUGAUUUAUUAUGGUUUGAUAUGUAUUGAAAACAUUAAUAUGGCAGAAAAUUUCUAUGUGUGAACAUCACGCCCACUUCAACGUUGGACUCUCGAGGAGACGAAACCCUCUGCAGAGCAGCGGUUUGUGAGUCCUCACUAAUGAGGCAACUUUUAAGUUGUGUAUCCCGACUGCACCUGUGAUGACUUCUGUUUUAAAUGGAAAAAUGAGCAAUGUACACUUUGAUGUCAUGGGAGAGAGAGGAAAAUCCAUAGAGCCCCAUGCGGAGCUGUUCACAUACCUGCAAGUGCGUUUGGGCACUUAAUGUGACCGAUUAUCAAUAAAUUGUUCAUUUGAAGGGAAA